CGGCCCACUCACUCAUUCACAUGCUUCCCCAGAUUCGCAGCUGCAUACAUCAUCACCGCUGUCACGAGCUUCCGAAGGCUGUUAUAUACCCCAGACUGUUCUGCACUCGCGAUUUCGACUCCACAGACCUCUUCAGCCUAGCUACCAUCGCCAUCAGUCCCUACCUCCCUCGAAGCGCAUCACCACUGUAGCAACACAUCGCCAACAUGUCUCUCAAGAACGACGAAUUCCCCGCUUCCGCCGCCUUCGACGAGAUCGCGCAGGCCCUUUCCGCUUCCGAAGCCGACCGCAAAGACGCCAUCAAGAACGGCAAGGCCAUCUUCGCAUUCACACUCAAGAACAAGGCCGGCGCGCAAGAAACAUGGUACCUAGAUCUCAAGGAGACUGGCACGGUCGGAAAGGGCCCUGCUCCAACAGGCAAGAAGGCUACUGCCACACUGGUGUUGAGCGAUGAGGAUUUUGGCAAGCUUGCGGCCGGCAACGCGAAUGCUCAGAAGCUGUUUAUGAGCGGGAAGUUGAAGGUCAAGGGAAAUGUUAUGAGCGCAACAAAGCUAGAGCCUAUCUUCAAGAAGGUGCAGAACAAGGCUAAAUUGUAGAUGCGAGGGUAGAGGCGAAUAUGUAUACCAAUUCUCUCAACAAACACGCUUCUAAUUCACGAGUGUUCAACAUGUCAACGGAUGCAAAUGACCACGAUGUCUGCGCGUGUUAUGUAUCUUGAGCUUUAGACAUGCAUAUGGCCUGUAAACAACAUGCGAACACUGCAGGUAGGGCAAGACUUGAGCACAGCCCGGGAGUUGGGUCAUCUUAAAGUAGACAUCCAAAUCACGCUGGACCGAUGCGAUGCGCGCAAACAUAAGGUAAGGACCAGAAGGAAAUGUUAUUGAAUGAUCGUAAGGUCAUACUAUU